AUGCAUCGACGUGCCUUUGCCGGCUUAGAGAAAACGGCCGGUGUGGCUCAUCGAGGCACCUCACAUAGCGCCAAUAACCCAGGUGCGGUGCUGCAUGAUCAGAAAAAGAACAGCGGAGUAGAAGUUACGCAUCGACAUGUAGCAGCAGAUGGGAAGCGCGCGCUUGGACCAGAUCGCCCAGAUGUCCUAUUAGGUGUUUUCCGACUAGCCAUAACGCUUCUUGCCCAGAGAAAGUACGAUGAAGCUGAGAUCAUGUAUCGACAUGGCCUAAGGGCUAUGGAAAAAGCUGUGGGGCCGAAUAAUCCUGAUGCCCUUGACAGUGUGAAUAUGCUCGGCGAAACACUGCUUGAUCUGGAAAGGUAUGAUGAAGCGGAGGCAAUUUGUCGACGCACAUAUGCUGGCAGGGAGAAAGCUCUAGGGGCAGACCAUCAAGCUACCCUUACAAGCGCCGAUAACCUUGGUCGGACACUCUAUCAUCAGAGAAAGUAUGAAGAGGCUGAGAUUAUGUUUCAAUCUGCGCAGGCAGGCCGAAGAAAAGUGCUUGGACUAUAUCACCCUGAUACCUUACUGAGCGUCCUUCGCCUAGGUGUGACACUGCUUGAUCGGAAAAAGUACAAAGAAGCUGAGAUCAUGUAUCGACAUGCCCUAGGGGCUAUGGAGAAAGCUCUAGGGCCCGACCAUCCGGAGGUCCUCGACAGUAUGAAUACGUUAGGCGAGACAUUGCUUGAUUUGAAGGAGUAUGGCGAAGCGGAAGCUAUGUGCCGGCGUGCGCUGGUGGGUAGAGAGAGGACACUAGGACCAGACCAUCGAGAUACCCUACUAAGUGCCAAUAAUCUUGGUUUGGCGCUGCGUAAUCAGAAUAAGCACCACGAAGCGGAGAUCAGUUAUCGACGUGCAUUGGUGGGUGCUGAGAAGACUCUUGGGCUUGGUCACCAAGAUACCUUAAUGUGCAUCUAUAAUCUUGCUGGGGCGUUGCACAAACAGAAAAUAUACGACGAGGCGGAGAUGAUGCAUCGGCGUGCACUGGUGGGACGAGAGAAGCUUCUAGGGCUAGGUCAUCGACACACCCUUCGUAGCCUCAUCAAGCUAGGCACAGUGCUGUAUGAGAAGAGGAAAUACGAUGAAGCGGAGGUUAUGUAUCGACGCGCCGUUACGGAGGCAGAAAGAGCUCUAGGGCCGGGUCACCCUGUUACUCUAAAAAAUUUUAACCACCUCUCAAUGUUUCUCUAUGCCCGGGCAACGGUGGCUUGGGCGUAGCAUUAUGAUGGAGAUGAAGGGUUUAGGUUUGCUCAGGGACGGAAGAAUGUUGGCUAAUCUUUUACACAUCUUAACCUUUUUUUUUCUUUUUCGGAAAUCUCAAGCGAUUAUAACGCCGAGUUCCUUUUUCAUUUCUUAGUGGCGGGGUUGAAAGGUUUAAUUUUAUGAUUGGAGUUAAGCUGGCUUCACAGUUAGGGAUCUAUCGUGGCAAUUCAUUCUCUCAUUUGAUCGAGACUCUUGUUCACUGCGGCCGGACCAUCUGGGGCCAAUUGCUCCUGCGGGCUCUCUUCACUGCAUCUACCUUUAUAAGAUAGCGGUAGUGGGUAUGACACUGUUUGGGGGAACGUUGGGUUCGUGUAUUGUCUGAUGUGGACAACUCUGCUGUAUCAUGGUGGAAAGCUUUAGGGUUUUGUUUAGGUUCGUUUUUCAGAAGGGUUUACUCGAAGGGGAAGUGAGGAAAGUGAAAUUUCUCCACCUUUUCUUCCCAUUCCUGUAAGGAAUGAACAACUAGCAGAGAACAACGAGGGCGUCAAAUACGAAGACGAGAUUUUCGAACAAG